AUGAACGAAAAGGAGCCAGGAAAAGAAGAUCAUCGGAGUACAGGAAACAGAUGUCCAAGCGCUAGUAGAAUGAUUCCUACAGAACUGGAGCAACUGGAUGCCGUUGCAGAUGCUUGUCUCCGGGUAUCCACGCCCAUUAAGAGAGAAGGAUAUGAACUGUUCUCCGAAGACUUACAGAGAACAAAAGACGGGUCGAUGCUCAACGACAAAAUAAUCAAUGUGUACUUCGAGCUCCUUGCCAAACACUCGAAGACUCCUAUGUAUGUCUUUUCCACAUUCUUCUACACAACCCUGAGCAAGAAAGGAGUGGAAUGGGUGCAGAGAUGGACUUCAAGCGCAAACAUAUUUGAGAACAGAUUGAUAUACAUUCCAGUGUAUGUUCCAGGGCAUUGGAUGUUUGUGGCUUUCGAUGUCAGAGAGAUGGUGCUUGAGCACUACGACUCUAUGGGGAAUGUCUACACAGAUGUAGUCCUGAGGAUACUAGAGUAUCUGAGAAGUGAGUGGAACAGGAUCUACGGGAGAAAACUCUCUGUGUGUGUUCGGAUUAAAAGAAAAAUACCCUUGCAAAGAAACGGGAGGGACUGCGGGGUAUUCGUGUGCAUGUUUGGAAGAUACAGGUUAGACGGAGAUGGCUGCUGGUUCUCUUCGAACGACAUCCCAAUGUUUAGGAAGAUGAUGUUGCAUGAAAUUAUAGAUGGAAGGAUUCUGUACCAGACAUUCCAUUGGUCUAGCCAGAUUCCCUGUCCAAAAGAAGAUACAAGCACUGUAAUUGUAGAUACGAAGCCUUAG